AUGUGUUUUGAUUAUUGCCCAUAUGGUUAUGAAUAUGAUUAUUCUUUUAAUCAAUGUUCGGGUACUCCAGGAUUAAUUGCAAGUAUAAAUUUUGAUGAUAAUUUAUCAGGAAAAAUUGAAAUUCCUGGAAUAAAAGUGCAAUUUGGAAUGGAAGGAAAUGAUUAUUACCCAAAUUUCUAUUUUUUAGAUCCUUAUCCAGCUAAAAAAUAAAAUGGUGACGUUGACAGAAAUUGGAGUACACCUCCUGAUGGAGUGGUGAACAGGCGCGAUGGGAUAGCGAAAUAUACUCCUUGCGAGUGAAGUAGACCAUCUCAAUGGGAGCCUGCCGAAACAGGGUGCAUUCUUUCUCUGCCAAAGGUUUUCCUGCUCCAGCUAGAUGGGCUAGACAGGCUUUUCCUACAACAUGACCCUUUUCUAUCGGGACCAGGGGCAUUUACCAUGAUAGCUUUGCCCAGGAGAUUAAUCCCCUAUGCAGGCAGUUCAGGUCGGAAAUUCAAGAUGAUUUUUCCUCGUUUGAACUCUGAGGUCUAUGGAGUUUAUGCCUUGGAAGCGAGGUAGGACAAAGGCUAGUGGGUAUCCACUUAUGGCCAGUUUAAACAAUUAAUUUAUUUAUCCAGCUAAUAAAAGGGGUUUAUAUUUUGAUGGUUCGAGGCAUGCAACUAUAGAGGAAAUGUCUCGAUCUGGAGAGCUUGCAAGUUUGGAGUUUACAAUAGAAAUAUGAGCCAUGCCUCUUUUAAAUCUAUAUAAGAAUUAUCUUUUCUCAGCACUUAGUGUUAUGCCCAGCUAUAAAUUUAGUGAAAAUCUCUUAACUUAUGAAGAUAUGAAAAUUUAUUUUUUAGAGUUUUUUACAGAACAUAACGUGCUUAAAUUUACUAUAAAAACUAAAGAAAAUGAUUCAGUGAAAACAGCUAUGAUACUUACUGAUAAUAUUAUAAAAGAAUGGAAAUUUUAUUCAGUUUCUCUAUCUUUUAAUAGUUUAUCCAAAACAAGCCAAGUCCUUCUACUAAGAAAUACAAAUUAUUAUACAGAAACUAUUUCAAGCUAUUAUAAAGAACCGUCUAGCAUAGGCUACAGAGUUGGGAAUGGAAAUUUUGAAGUCUGUGCAUUUAAUGGAUAUAUAUAUAGCUUUGAAAUGUAUAACUAUGGGAAAAGCUAUAGUGAAAUUAUACAAGGGUUAGGCACUUGCAGUUCUUGUUCUGCUUGUCCAGUAGUCUUAAAUUCUUGCUUGCCAAAUUGUGAUAAAGAUGAAUAUGCAGAUGAGAAUGGAGCCUGCCAAAAAUGUUCAAGUAAAUGCUCAUGAAUAUGCUCAAGAGCUGAUACUUGCAAUCUCUGCUAUGACGAUUUAUGCUAUAAAUGCACUAAAUAUGAAAUUGGAGCUUGCACACAAUGCGUUGCCCAUGCUGUCUUAGCAGAUGGAAAAUGCAAAUGCCAAAAAGGAUAUAUUAGCCAGGAUAAUGAAUGUGUAAACACUUGCGGAGAUGGACACUAUAUUGAUUUAAAAACUGAAAAAUGCCUUAGAUGUCCUGAUAAUUGUCUUAGAUGCAAUGAUGGAGAUUCUUGCAUUAUAUGCAAAAGUAGCUUUGCUCUAAAAAAUCGACAUUGCAGUUGCCCAGAUGGUUAUUUUAUUGGCUCUUCUAAUAAAUGCUUAAAAUGUGACAAUUCAUGUUUGACUUGUUCUGAAAAUUCUUCAAAUUGUACUUCCUGCGGAUCAAAUUUGCCUGUUCUUUAUGAAUCAAAUAAAUGCUACCCUUGUGAUUCAUUUGAAGGUUAUUCCACUUAUUUUGCUGUUUCUAUUUCAUAUUUUACUGAUGAUUUAUUUAGUAAAUUAUCUUCAAAUUGUAUUGAAGUUUGUGGAGAUGGAAGAAAUAUGGGACAAUCUCAAUGUGAUGAUGGAAAUAAUCGUAAUGGAGAUGGCUGCUCUUCUAGUUGUGCAGUAGAAAUUGGAUGGUCUUGCUUUGGAGGAAGUGCAAACUCUCCUGACGUAUGCAAGGAUAUAACCCCGCCUACACCAGUUCUAGCAUAUCUAAGUGAAAACAGUUCAGGCUACCUUCUUAUAUUAGCAUUUAGUGAAGCCGUUAAUUUUGGGACUGAAGUUUCAAAAAACAUCAAAAUAGAAAUAAAAAACACUUUAAAAUUCAACUGGUCUAUUAUGGAAAAAAAUUCUUUAUAUAUCAUCACUUUAAAUAUGCACGAAAAUGUGUCUGCAGGAACUAGUGUAAAGGUGACAUUUAAAAAUCCAAGCUCUAUAGUUGAUAUGAAUGGAAAUGAAAUGAAAGAAAGCUCAGCAUCCACUAAUUUGCUUGAAUCUUUUGUGUAUACAACUGGGGAAGCUAUCAAAUCUUCAGUUACAACAGCAACAACAGUGACUGCUGCUAGUUCUGCUAUAGGAUCUUUGUCAGUAGGAUUUCUUAUGGGGUCUUUUAAUUUUCAAGCUUUGUGGAGUAUGGUCGAAAUAAUGCAAAUCCAAAAUUAUUUGAUAUUUUUAUCCCCAAAAUAUCCUGAUAACCUUAUAUCAUAUUUAGAAGCACUUGGUAUCGCAAAUGGGAAUUUUUUGCCAAAUCCUUUCCAGCUUUAUUUCGUGAAAAAUGACCCAUUUUCUGAUCCUCCUCAAAAAUUUAUAGACCAAAAUUAUAAUACUGAUUUUCUUAUGAACUCUGGCCAAUUUAUAUUAGUUUGGGUUCUAAUUUUACUUGGAUUUCUCAUAGCUUUGGUUUUAUAUAAGUAUUGGCCUAGAUUUUCAAUUAUCAGAAAUCUUAAAAACUCAUAUUCAUUUUCAGUCUUACUCAGAACUGGCAUUGAAUCAUUUUUAGAAAUCACCCUUUCAGUUCUACUUCAACUAAGAGAAUUUUCCCAUCCAAGUCAAGAUAUAGGAUAUAUUUCAUUGACUUUGAGUAUUUUAACACUGGUUUAUCUUGUCUUAACAUUUGUACUUAUAUUUUGGCAGGUUACUUUAAAAUCCAAACAAACACUCAACAUGAAAAUGCAUGAACGGCAAUUUGGAUCUUUAUAUGAAGGAUUUAAAAGAGACUCUAAGCUUUCAGCAUCUUUUAUAUUAUUCCAAAACUCACGAAGGGUUCUUUGUGUAGCUUUUUGUGUAUUUUUGUGCGAUUAUGCAACUGCUCAAAUGGUACUUUCAGUCACAUUAUCAUUUAUGUAUACAAUUUCUUUAAUUUUACUAAAACCAUUUAAAAGUUUGUACUUGGGAAAUGGGUUGCAUAUGCUGAAAGUUAAUUAUCUGUAAAAUCAUAAACAUUUCCAGCACAUAAUGGCGCUUUUUGCGCCAAAAGUUAGGAAGUGCUUAUCCUGUCAAUUCUGAAAGGAGUUGCAGUGUGAGAGGAGAUUUUGCGUGAGCAGUAGUCUCUUCAGUGCUGAAUUCAUGGACUGCAGGAGUUGAAGCGAAGAUGGAAGCGUGGUGCAAUGGGUGAUGGCAUGGAGACAGCACAUGAUACAGGGCAAACAUUUUAAUGGCCUGCAUUGGAGGCGCAAGCAGGUAGUGCAUUGAUUUUUUUGUGAAAUUACUUUUUACCUUUUACUCUUAAGCUAUCAUAAACAUUUCCAGCACAUAAUGGCGCUUUUUGCGCCAAAAGUUAGGAAGUGCUUAUCCUGUCAAUUCUGAAAGGAGUUGCAGUGUGAGAGGAGAUUUUGCGUGAGCAGUAGUCUCUUCAGUGCUGAAUUCAUGGACUGCAGGAGUUGAAGCGAAGAUGGAAGCGAAAUAUUUUAUUUUAUUGCACAUUGCUUUAUACUGAAGUUAUUAGACGAUAAAAUAUCGGAUGAUUACCGAGAAAAUCUUGGUUGGGCUAUAAUAUCACUCUUGGGCAUGUCAUUGCUGCUUCAUAUUAUAUCAAUCUUAAUAGUUCAAACACUAAACUUGAUAAAAGGAAUAAAACAAUUUAGCAGCUGAUUCAUGAAAAAUUUUGCAAAUAAAUUUGUCGAAAUUAGAAAAAGGAUUAUUUUAUUAAAUAAAAUAAAAUCUAAUGAACCAACAAAUAAUGCAGAAGAUAUAAGUGAAAGCAUGGCUUAUUUUGAAGGAAAACCACCUGAAAAGUCAAAUGAAGAGAGUAUAUGUAGCCUUAGAAGCACAGGUGUGAGGACGAGUGAUACUCUUUUUAUUAACACUCAUCAAAAUCAAUUUGAAAUCACAGAGAAAGAAGUCUAA